GAAAACGCAUCUGCAGUUGCAGUAUAGAACUCCCCGUUGCACGGACGGCCAUGACGGUGGACGCCGCGCUCCUCGCCGCCGUCGUGGCCUUCCUCCUCCCGCUCCGCCUCAUCUCCCUCGCCCUCCGCCUGGCCUACAAGGGUUGCGGCGCCAGCGGCCGGCACCUCCGCCGGUCCUGCGCCGCCUUAGCCGUCGCGGGCGCGCUCCUCGCCGUCAUCUUCGCCCUCCCGCGCGACCGGGCCGGGGAGUGCGCCGUCCCCGGCACCACCGUAAUAGAUGGCGAGGAACUGCGGUCGGAGGUUGAGCAGCUCAAGCUCCAGCUCGCCCGGCUUGAAUCUCUCUGGGAUAACAAUUUGAAAGCGUUGAAUGAGAAGGGCGAUACUUUGGAGAAGGUGUUAGGUAAGAAAGGUGAUCCUUUAGAGGAGGAGGAUGGCCGCGUUAUGAGAGCAAUGGGGCUUGACAUCCAGUCUCUGAUCAAUGAGCAAGAAAACAUCAAGGAAUCAUCAUGCAGCUCAGAUUUUGGUGACAAUAUCAAGGCAAUGGAAGAUGAGGUUCGUCUCAUAAAGGAUGAAUCAAGUAAGAUGAACUCUGAUAUACACAGUGUGUGGGCAUUAGCAAAAGAUGCAACGGAAAAGGUCGAAGCUCUACACUCUGAUAUCAAGAAGGGUCAAGUUUUAACUGACGAAUGGGGGAAGAUGAACUCUAGUAUCAAUAGAUUAUGGUCAUUCGUAAAGGGUACAGAGAAAAAAGUUGAAGGUCUAUGUUCGGAUAUAAAAAAGGUUCAACAUAUAACUGGUGAGUGGGGGAAGAUGAACUUUAACAGAAUGUGGUCAUUUGCAAAGGAUACAGAGAAAAAGGUUGAAGAUCUAUAUUCGGAUAUAAAAAAGGGCUUCAAGCAGACGAAGAGGAAAGUGCCCUUCAUGCGAACCUGAUGUUUCAACACUGCCUCUGAUGCUCCGCUUGGUACUGUAACGCAGAAGGUGAUACGCCACUUAAUUGUUUUUCUAAUGCACCUUUUUUUACAUAUUUUAGUUGGUGUCCAACUUUAAUAGUACAAGGCGGUUGUCCUUGUGGACGGCAUGUCUUGAUAGCUGCUUCCAUGCCGUCGUUGAGGGGCAAUGUAUAUAUAGCAUAGCGACAUUAGAAUGGUAGUAAUACAAUAACAUUUGAGUGGCUUUGAGAGGUCCAUA